UUAGCAGGGAGGCAAAGUCUGCUCCCCAUGACAUCUGCUGUCCCUUCUUGGACAUUCUAUUGUCUCCUAGAGAGUUCUGGCAUCCUCUGUGAUGUCACCAGACAUUAGUGACAACCAGUGCCCUAGUUUCUCUCAGUCUGAGUCUGGCAGUUACAAGCUAAGACAUGUUUUCCCGUCUUCGCAAGCGUUUUGGGAGGGGGAAUGUCGAUUGUGGACAGACUAGAGUGAAGGAAUCUGGCCUUUCGUCUCAAAGUAAUGAUGGACAGAGACAGCACUUCUGGGGAAUGUUUAAAGCUGGGAGAGAAACAUCUUCCCCUGAAACUGCCCCAAGCGAGAAGCAGGUCAAGAAGGAAAAGGAGAGGCUGAUUAAAGAGCUGCAGCUCAUUACCGAGGAGAGAAAUGACCUGAGAGAUCGCCUGAGGUUUCUGACAGAGAGAUCCAAAAACAACAGGCCACACUUCAGGCCAAAUCCAUAUUAUGAAGACCUGGAGAGAAUGGAGGAGGUGGUCAUGUCAAUUCUGUACAACUUAGAGAUGGAGAACACUGAGAUCCAUGAGAACAACCAUAAGCUGAAGAAGGAGAUUACCUUCUCUAGAAACCUGCUCAGCCAGCUCCUGAUGGAGAACACAUGCAGGAAGAAGUUGGUCCCACUGAAGCAGGGGAGCAAGGAGGGACAUCUUGAGUGUGCACUGAACCAGAAAUAUUUGGUUGACUUAAGCAAGAAAGAUAAAGACCAGCAACGUCCAGACCCAGCAUCAUCUGGUCUCAGAAAGUGCAAGAGAGCUGGAAUUGGACACACCCCAGUAAGAGAGCUUCCUGAAGAAUGAGUUGCUUUCUCAGGAGUCCCUGAUGACAAACAUCCUGAAUGAAAACACAACUUGAGAGACAACUUGGGGGACCGCCUUUCAUUAUGUGUGCUAGAGGAGAAACACCAAUACGUCUGUGCUUCUACAUGUUCGUUAAGAAUAUGCUUAUGUUUAGAAAUUUUUUUGUUAUGAUUUUAAUUGAAGUUUUCUUUUUGUUGUUUCAUAUUUAUGUGUUCUUGUUACUAUUUUUACUUUCAAAUAUUUUUAAAUAUUUUUAUUCAUUUUAAUCCUGUUGUGUUGUAAAAAUGUAUUUGUUAUGAAUAAAAAUUGAAUUCUAUCUCUUGA